CUCCCGCCGCCGGUGGGCGGGAGCGCCGGGCCGGGAGCGCCGGGCUGGGCCUGGCCGGGCGGGCCCGGGGCCGGGGCCAUGGCGCUGCCCGUGCUGUCCAGCUCGGCCGUGAAAUUCCGCCGGGUCCUGGCGCAGUUCCCGCAGGAGCUCAGCCUGGCCUUCGCCUACGGCUCCGGGGUGUUCCGGCAGGCGGGGGCCUCGGCCGAGCACGGCGAGACAAAUAUGCUGGACUUCGUGUUUGCUGUUGAUGAUGUUGUGACCUGGCAUAUGAUGAACUUGUCAAAGAACAGGAGUCAUUAUUCCUUCCUUAAAUUUUUUGGGCCCAAAAAGAUAAGUACUGUACAGAGAUAUGGAGCAGGAAUUUACUACAACACCUUAGUGCCAUGCAAUGGCAGGAUGAUAAAAUAUGGAGUAAUUAGCACUGACACCCUGAUUGAGGAUUUGUUUCACUGGAAAACUCUCUAUGUGGCUGGGCGCCUCCAAAAGCCGGUGAAGAUCCUGGCCCAGAAUGAUAACAGCAAGCUGCAAGCUGCUCUUGUCAGCAACCUGAAGAGUGCAGUGACAGCAGCCUUCCUCAUGCUGCCAGAGAGCUUCUCAGAAGAGGACCUGUACCUGCAGAUUGCUGGACUCUCCUACGCUGGUGAUUUCAGGAUGAUAAUAGGAGAAGACAAAUUCAAAGUGCAGAACAUAGUGAAGCCCAACGUUGCCCAUUUCCAGAAGCUGUACAGUACCAUACUCCAGGACUGCCCUCAAGUGGUGUACAAGCACCAUCUGGGAAGGCUCGAGAUUGAUAAAAGUCCAGAAGGUCAGUUUACACAACUUAUGACUUUGCCAAAGACUCUGCAACAGAAGAUAACUGCUCUGGUAAACCCUCCUGGAAAGAACAGAGACGUGGAAGAAAUUUUACUGCAAGUUGCCCACGACCCUGACUGUGGAUUUCUGGUGCAUCAAGGCAUUUCAGGAAUUGUGAGAUCCUCCAGUAUAGUGCAGAGUGCUAAAACCAUCCUGACAGCUGCUGUGCAGAGGAGAUUUUGUGGAGCAAAAUAAUUGCAAGGGAGAGGCUAAAAACGGUGUUAUUCCUGUUAAAUUCAAGAUUUUCCCUUGAAUUCAAGGUGUCCCAUGGGGCAGAGCUGGGUAAGUGCAGGAGUGGAACAGAAAUGGUUGAGCUGUGGGGAUUAUAAAUCACCUCUGAGGCUCGUUAGCUCCCCUGGUGUGUCCUGCAGUCAGUCACUGACAGCCUCUCCUGGCACUGGCACUUUGGGGGGUCCUCAUGGAUCUUUCAGUAGCACUUGGAAUUUUUAUCUUCAUUUUUUAUCAUGAUAUUAUCAUUUUAUCAUCAUUUUGUUAUCUUUUUUGUCAUAAUUCUUUAGCAUUCUGCUUCAUGCACCUGAAAUCAGUUAUUUGGGAAAUGUCUCUCUUUCCCUUGGUCUUAACUGCUUUUUGCUUUAUAUAUAGUGGCUUUUUUCUCUUUCAAACAAAUUGUAGUUUCCUUCUAAUCAGUUAUGUAGAGUUGUAUUUAAAAACUGUUUUCUACUAGUGGUUUUUUGUGGUGAAAACAUAUUUUUGUGACUUGGUUUAGGUAGAGCAAAGCAAUUUUGGGCCUUUGCCUCCAGCACAAGCCAAAUUUGAGCAAGGAGGCUUGGGGGAGUGGAUUUUUCUUACCUUUUGCAUGAUUUAGUUUUUGGGAGGGGUUUUUUUGUUUUGUUUUGUUGGUGUUUUUUUUGUUUUGGUUUUUUUUGUUGUUGUUGUUUUUUUUAAUGUAUUUACACUUUUCUGCCAGAAUCUGGUGAAAACCAUUAGUGACAGAAUUCAGGAGUGAAAUUUACCUGCUCAGGGAUGUCACCUCAAUAUUUUUGAGGUAUGAUGUUUGUGUGAUCUGCCCUGCAAUAGAGGAGGGAUGGGUGUCCAUAGCUGUAGAGUUAAUUAGCAAAAACCUUUUGCCCUUUUUUUUGUUUGGUUUUUAAUAUUUGUCUCCAAACACUUGUGACUGAGUUUAUAUUAAAUCUGCCAGUGUCUUCUAAUGAA